UGUUGCUCUGUGCUGCAGUGUGUCAAUGUGUGUGUUUGUGUGACAACAGUCGGUCAUGAAGAUCCUGGUGCUGCUGCUGGUGCUCCUCACAGUCUCUGAAUGUGUUGCAGUCACUGGACAAACAGGUCAGAACAUCACUCUGCCCUGUAAAUAUGACAUAAAAACCAACGGACCUACAGAGGUGUGCUGGGGUCGAGGUCCUGUUCCUAACAGCCGCUGCAGCCACCAGCUCCUCGCCACAGACGGAUAUAAAGUGAAAGAAGAAACCAGAGUCUCCAGCAGGUAUCAGCUGAAGGGACGACUGGAUGAAGGAGACGUUUCUCUCACCAUCAUGAACAUCACAGAGGAAGAUACUGGACUGUACGGAUGCAGAGUGGAGAUUUCUGGACCGUUCAAUGAUGAGAAACAUCAUGUCAACUUGACUGUGAAAAGAGCUCCACGUCUGACCACCACACCUUCAUCAGACACGACAUCUUCAUCAUCAGACAGUCCUCAGACGACAGCAGCAACUCCAACUGCAGGUCACAUGACCUCUACAAACAGCACCCUGAUUGCUACAUCACCUAUAACGGCCCCAGCUAAGGAGGUCCCCAUGCUGGUUCUGGCGUCUGUCGUGUUCCUGCUGCUGGUUCUGGUCACUGCAGGCGUCCUCAUCAUGAUGAACAGAAGAUGGAAGAAUCAGAAAGUGCUCAGCCCCCCUCCCAAGAUGCAGAUGCAGUCCCCCACUCGGGUGGAAGAGAACAUCUACCAAAUGGAUGCGAAGGUCGAUGGAGACUACGAGAUGUGUCCCUGAACUGGAAUCUGUGGGGCGUUCAGUUCUUCUGUAUCAAAAGUCCAUUUUACGGCACCGUUAUCAAACAGUGCGGAGAAAAAGGACAAUUGAGGGGGAAAAACAGCGGAAAGUGUGUGAUUGUUGCACAUAAACAUGCAAACUCAUCAUGCAAACAAUUACAAACAUGGCUACAAAUAAUUUCUAAGGUGCGGGAUCACAAGUCUCACUCAAUCCUCUUUUGAUCUUAAACUGUUUCCACUGGUCUUUCAAUCAUGAUUAUACUGUUUUAAGCCAAAAUUUAAAGAAAAUGUGUCAUUCACCUCUGAGUUGUUGACAGGAUUAUUGGUGCAGAGGUAACCCUAAGCUAAUUUCCCAUCAUCCCACUAGCUUACAGCCAUAACCCCAAGCUAACAUUAGCGGUGCAACAAAACGGCGAGUAAUAAAAAUCAGUUAUCCAGCGGCACAGUUUGGAUUCAGAUUCCAGCUCAGACGAGGAAAACAAAGACGUUCAUGGAUCUAUUAGUGGAUGCAUCAGAAUGGGGUGGAGCAGGGAGCUUGUGGCCCCGCCCAUCACUAUUUCAACAUCACAACUGAGAUGUUUUACAAAGAACAUUUUUUUAAAUUCUCUCCUGAUUCAUCAGAAUAAUGAAAUACUGAGAAACUUAACUUUAAGCUUAAACUCUUAUAUUUCCUCCAUCACAAGAUAAUUGCUACAAGAACAUGUUAAAACACCGUUUUCAUUGGAGUGGUCCGAAGAGUUUUAGCAGUCGGUGUUCUUAAUAAAGAACUAACCUAAAUGUUUCCACAUAACUGAAGUUUGUUGUCGUAAUGCUGAAGAAUAGAUUCAUUCUGUUCUUCUGGUUUGUCAGUUGUUUAUUUCCUUCAUAUUUGUUUCAACUGUUCUGUAAUGAAAACCUUCAGUUCUUUCUGGUUUCUGCUUUUUUCUCACUUUUGUGGAUUUGGAACUUUAUGUGAUUGAAUGUAACUGAAGGGCUCAACCAGGAGCAGAUGUGUGGAUUGUUCUGGUAACGAAUGGACUCUGAACAAAAAUAUGAUUUAACCCUUUAACACCUGAGGUGUCGUCUGUGACGCUUAAACACAAAAGACGCUUUUCUCCUUCACAAUCUGCAGGAAUUGUCAUGUUAACAGUUGAAAAGUUUCAGUAAAUCAAAUAACAUAAACACCAGAGCUCAAGUGUUAAAGGGUUAAUUUUGAUAGGAAAUUUGGGAGAUUUUUUCAUAAAGCUGAGGCUUAUUUUGAUAUCUAAAAGCUAUGUACAUUUUUUUGCUAUCAUUAAAUGUUUUU